AUGGCGGCCUAUGCAGCCUUGGUUUCUCUAAUGCAUAUCAUACACGACAUCGAGAGCCAUCAUUCCCCUCCCAUUUCUCUCGACAAACAACAACUUCAAUCUCUCACUGAAAAUGUUAUCUUCUUGCAGGAAUUUCUUGAAGGUUGUAAGUCCCCUGUUUCCGACGGAGACGAAGCUCAUCCAUUGGAGAUGCGUAUUGCAGAUGCAGCUUAUGCGGCUGAAGAUGCUAUCGAGUCACAUAUUGUGAGCAAGAUUCAGUUGGAGAUGCGUGUUACAGAUACAACUUAUGCGGCUGAAGAUGCUAUCGAAUCACAUAUUGUGGGCAAGAUUCAGCUUAGCAGAUCCAGAAAAACCAUUUUCAGCCGCUUCUUCAACUGCUUUCGAGAUCCCAAAAAUGUCUCAUCAAAUCGUGAUGAACAGAUGAAGUUGUUUCAAGAUGUACAAAAUGUGAUAGAAGAAAUGGAUGAGAUCAAGAGAGUGACGAUGGAGAUCAACACAGAGAAGGUGCGUAGCUUUGUCUCUGCCUCUGUUUCUUCUUCCACUGGGAACAACAGUUGUGGCGUGGUAGUGUGGUCUGAGGAUGUCUUACUGGGAAUCCUUGAAAGGCUCGUUGCAGACAAUCCCGAUCGCCAAGUCAUCCCCAUCACAGGCAUGGGCGGGAUAGGUAAGACCACUCUUGCCAAAACUCUUUACUCAAAGCCAAUUAUUAAGGAGCGUUUUGAUAUUUAUGCUUGGGCUACUAUUUCUCAACAAUACGCCACAAGAGAAAUUCUUUGUCAACUUGUUUCUCAAGCCACUAACAAAACCAAGCAACAGCUAAGUGAAAGGAGUGAAGAUGAAGUAGGAUUAGAGCUCUACCAAUAUUUGUCAGGUAGAAGGUUUCUAAUUGUAAUGGAUGAUAUGUGGAGUAUCGAUGCAUGGGAUACGAUACAACGUUACUUUCCUAACAAUGAGAACUGUAGUCGGGUAUUAGUGACGACUAGGCUAUCACAGUUGAGUUCCCAAUUGAACAACAAUUAUAGCCUUCAAAUGGGAUUUUUAGAUGAGGAUAGAAGCUGGAAUUUGUUCUCAAAAAUUGUGUUUGGGGUUGGAAGUUGCCCUCGUGAAUUAGAGAAAAUUGGAAGGAAAAUUGUAGAGAAUUGCCGAGGACUUCCAUUAUCAAUUGUUGUAGUGGGAGGUAUUUUGAAAACUAUGGAACAUACUCCAGGAUAUUGGGAAUCGAUAAGGAAGAACUUAAGUUCAGUAGUGAAUUUGGAUAAUGAUAAGCAUUGCUUGAAAUUGUUGAAAAUGAGCUAUAAUCAUUUGCCAAUUUAUUUAAAGCCAUGUUUUUUGUACAUGGGAGUGUUUGAGGAGGAUGAUUCAGUUAGAGUCUUAACACUGGUGAAGCUAUGGGUUUCAGAAGGAUUUCUAAAACCAAUGAAUAACAAAAGUUUGGAAACUAUUGCCAAAGAGUUCUUAAAGGACUUGGUUGAUAGAAAUCUCAUUUUAGUUGAUCAGUUGGGAUCUACUGGAAACAUAAAAAGAGUCAAAAUUCAUGAUUUGUUGAGGGAUUUAUGCUUGAAGGAGGGCAAGAGAGACGGGUUCUAUCAUGUGAUAGGGCAACCAAGUCCUCGAGGCAUAUAUAGUCAACGCCGCAUUGUUAUCCCGAGGAACACUUCGAAGAAGAAAGUCGUUGAUGAGAUGCAAUAUAUGUCACAUGCUCGUUCCAUUAUUUGUGAAUACGGUAAAGUCCCUCGGUGCCCGAAUUAUGGAUUGUUGAGGACUAUACAUGCAUACAAAUUUCGUGCUUUUGAAGAUGAAAGCUACGUGAAUUCCCUUGUGUCUGGGUAUGUUAACUUGCGCCACCUUGCUGUUGAAGUUGAUAGCAUGUCCUCGAUCUUUUCUUCGUUCCAUCGCCUCUGGAAUUUGCACACAUUGAUCGUUUCUUGUCCGUAUAAGUCUACGUCGUCUACUGCGCCUACUGAGAUUUGGAAAAUGCCUCAGCUGAGGCAUAUUAAGAUGGCUGAAGGAAGAUUGCGUUUCCCAGAUCCUUCGACUGAUGCUGCCACCAUGCAAAAUCUAGUGGUACUUGAGGGAGCACAUAAUUUCAAGUGCGAUGAAGAGGUGGUUAAGAGACUUCCCAAUAUCGAGAAGUUGGGAAUACAGUAUUCAGGGACAGAGGGAAUCAACCAUGAUGGUGAUUAUUAUCUGAGCAAUAUUAAAUGUUUGUGUAAAUUGGAAUCCCUCAGCAUCUAUUGUGAGUAUGAUUUUAGAGGGAAUGCUUCUCUGCAUAAGCUCACUAUUCCCCAAACCCUCAAGAGUCUGACUCUUGUGAUGAAAGGUGAUUUCGAAUGGGAAGGAAUGUUGGAAAAGAUAGGCGCAUUGCCUCUUCUGCAGAAGUUUAAAUUGUCGUUUGGAUGCUUUGGAAGAGGCAAGUGGGAAAUGGUUGAAGGCCAAUUCCCUUGCCUCAAAUACUUACUAUUGUAUUCGUGUCCUAGUCUGGAGCGUUGGACUGCAGAGGCGAGCUCCGUUGUCCUUCCACGCCUUGAGAAGCUUUAUCUUUAUUAUUUGGAAGAGUUGAAGGAGAUCCCAUCUCAAAUUGGAGACAUACCGACACUACAAAAGAUAUGGUUGUUCAACUGCAGUGUAUCAGCAGCGAUGUGUGUGAAAGAGAUUGUAGAGGAACAAGUGGAAUUGCAAGGGGAAGAUCUUUCAUUUCAUGUUCAAGUUCGGCUCCCGCGUAUGAACGAAGCAGUGCAGAGCUUGGCAGGUCCCAACUUUGAAGUUUGCUAG